AUGUUCGCCAAGCGGCUCUUCCACAAGGCACUCGUGCAUCAUCAGGGAGGGGGAGGAUCAGCCUCAGCACCGGCAUCACCUGGGGAUGCCAUCCAAAUGGACGCGCAGAUCUCGACUCACUGCGGGGUGCCCUACACAGCAUCACUGCUCGCCUUCGAUUCCGUCCAGCGCCUCCUCGCUGUCGCAACUCUGGAUGGUAGGAUAAAAAUAUUCGGAGGUGAUAACAUUGAAGGCCUCUUUAUAUCACCAAAGAGUGUGCCAUACAAGUUUUUGCAGUUUAUUACAAACCAGGGGCUUUUGGUUGCAAUUUCCAAUGAAAAUGAAAUCCAGGUAUGGAAUCUUGAGUUCAGGCAACUAUUUUAUUCAUCCCAGUGGGACGUCAACAUUACUGCUUUUGCAGUCAUAGAGGGGACCUUUAUGAUGUACCUUGGAGAUGAGAAUGGUCUUCUCUCUGUAUUGAAGUAUGAUGUAGAUGAUGGGAAGCUUCAAAUAAUGCCAUACAAUGUUCAUAUCCAUUCUUUAAUCGAAAGAGCUGGUGUUUCGUUACAGGAUCCUCAACCUAUUGUUGGAAUACUGAUCCAGCCUGACACUUUUGGGACAAGGUUGCUAAUUGCAUAUGAGAGAGGGUUGUUGGUUCUUUGGGAUGUAUCUGAGGACCGUGCAGUUUCUGUUAGAGGCUACGGGGAUUUACACAUUAAGGGUCAAAUUGAUGGUGCUCAGAGGGAUGCUGGUGAAGAUCAACUAGAUACUACUAUUGAUGACAGUGAAGAAGAAAGAGAAAUUUGCUCUCUUUGUUGGGCAUCGAGAGAGGGCUCAACUGUUGCUGUGGGCUAUAUAACAGGAGACAUACUUCUAUGGGAUAUGACUACAAGAUCGUCUAGACAAGGCAAGCAAAGUGACGUUUCAUCUAAUGUUGUUAAGCUACAGCUGGCCUCAGGGAGUCGUAGGCUUCCUGUUAUUGUCUUGCAUUGGUCUGCUGGGUCAGCAAUACAUUCUACAAAGGGAGGGCAUCUUUUUGUAUAUGGCGGUGAUGAUAUGGGAUCUGAAGAAGUUCUCACGGUUCUUAGCCUGGAAUCGACUGCUGGAUUAGAAUCAGUGAGAUGCAUGUCACGAACAGACCUCAAGCUUGAUGGAUCCUUUGCUGAUAUGAUUCUUAUUCCUGAUACUGGGGUUCCUGAUAAAAGCAGAACUUCUGCACUUUUCAUUUUGACAAAUCCUGGACAGCUGAAUUUUUAUGAUGGUGGUUCUCUAUUUUCUGUGCAAAAUUCAAAAGAGGGAAACCCUCUACCUGAAGCACAGAAAUUUCCAGUUGCAAUUCCUACCAUUGACCCCAACAUAACGGUCGCUAGUCUUUGUUCACUAACCGAAAGUGAAUUUCCAAAUAUUUCAUUGAAGAAAUUUUGUGCUAGGAAAAAUGCUGGGUGUUUCAUACCAGCGAACAUGAAAUGGCCUUUGACUGGUGGGGUUCCAAGUGAGAUGUCGCUGAACGAAGAUCAUGCUGUUGAAAGAAUAUACAUUGCAGGCUACCAAGAUGGUUCUGUGAGAAUAUGGGAUGCAACAUUUCCUGUUUUAAUGCCAAUGUUUGUCUUGCAUGGAAAGGUUGCUGAUGUUAAUUUGGAUGGAGCAAAUGCUUCUGUAUCAUCUCUAGCUUUUUGUUCACUAAACAUGACUUUGGCUGUUGGGACAACAAGUGGUCUGGUGUGCAUCUAUAAACUUCGAGAGCACACUGGGGGUUCAAGCUUUCACUUUGUGAGUGAAUCUAAGCAAGAAGUUCAUGUUGUUCAUCAUGGGAAGGGAUUUCAUUGUUAUGUUGCCUUUUUGUCAUCAAAUUCCUCAGUGCGAUCUCUUUUAUUUACGGCUUCAGGAGAGCUCCUUGCCGCAGGCUAUCAGAACGGCCAGGUGGCAAUGCUUGAUCCAAGUGAGCUAUCAAUUCUAUUCACUGUAGAUGGUGCAUCAGGAACAAAUUCUCCUGUUGUUUCCUUGGGCAUUUACAGUGUUGCGGCAUCUGCUGAAAAAGCAGACCAGUCAAAGAAAGAGAGUCCUCAAAAUGCAAAGUUACCCAGAGAUGUUCUUCUUUCCUUGACAAAGGAUGCUCGUGUUACUGUACUUGACUGCACAACGGGUGUGAUGAUAAAUUCACAUAUCAUACAUCAGAAGCAAUCAUCAGCUAUUUCCAUGUAUGUCAUAGAUGAGAAGCAAACCCAAUUAUCAGAGGACAAAAUUCCAAGUCAAGAUCAGGCAGGAAAAGAGGGCAAGGAUCUUGACAGAAUAGAAACACAAGGAGUUGAAAAGCACCUGAAAAAUGCUUCCCAGCUUUCACACAAUGGUGGUUCAGAUUCACUUGUGGUGUGCUGUGAGGAUGUUUUGUUUUUGUUAUCGCUGGCAUCAUUGAUUCAGGGAAGCAGCAAGCAUCUACAGAAGACGAAACUUACAAAACCUUGUUGCUGGUCAGCAGUUUUCAAGAAUAUGGAUGGCAAAAUUUGUGGGUUGAUAUUAGCUUAUCAGACUGGCAUUAUAGAAAUGAGAUCUGUGCCAGAUCUGGCUAUUGUUGCUGAGAGCUCCUUGAUGUCAUUAUUGAGAUGGAGUUACAAGACAGGCAUGGAUAAAUCAGCGAGCUCCUCAAAUGGACAAAUUACUUUGGUAAAUGGAUCUGAAUUUACAAUUAUCUCUCUUGUGGCCUCAGAGAAUGACUUCAGGAUUCCAGAAUCUCUGCCAUGCCUUCAUGACAAAGUACUUGCAGCAGCUGCUGAAGCAGCUAUUAGUUUCUCAACUGAUCAGAGAAGAAAGCAGAAUCCUGCAGCAGGGAUUAUUGGUGGCUUCAUUAAAGGAAUGAAAGGCAAGGCUGAAGAAAAUGCAAAAAUGAGAGAAAGUUUGACUAUGCAAACUCCAAGUGAACAGUUGGAGUCAAUUUUCUUGAAAGAACCAUUUGCUGAACCUUCAAUACCCGAUCUUGAUGAUCCGAUAGAAGAAUUGUCAAUCGAUGACAUCGAGAUUGACGAUGAAGUACCCGUAGCCCCGGCACGAGCAGCGUCCUCUACAUCCCAAGGGAAUAAGAGAACAGCAGUAGAGGAGGAGAGAGCGAAGCUGUUUGAAGGGUCAAGCAAUGUUGAUAAACCGAGAAUGAGAACUCCCCAGGAAAUUCUAACCAAAUAUAAGUUUGGCGGGGACGCAGCAGCAGCAGCUGCUCAUGCGAAAGAUAAGCUGAUGCAGAGGCAGGAGAAACUGGAGAGAAUAAGCCAACAAACCGCGGAGCUUCAGAAUGGAGCGGAAAACUUUGCUUCCCUAGCGCAGGAGCUUGCUAAAACAAUGGAGAACAAGAAGUGGUGGAAGCUAUAA